AGAAAAUACUUGGUGAAUGCUGUGUUCAAACUUUCCAGGAAAUCUGGACGGUUCCCACAGAGUUUGCAACUUGGCCGCAUUGAGGAUUUAAAACAUACCGAAUUUCAUGGCGGGUUUGGUUUGAUCUAUCAAGGCAAACUAAACGGCCGCCUUGUUGCUGUGAAAAAGGUGGAGGGUAAACGUUCCCCAGAACAAUUUCAUAAAGUGUUCUCUAACGAAGCGGUGGUUUGGUACUAUAUACGACAUGCAAACUGUCUACCAUUCUACGGCGUAUACGUCUUCAAUGAUGAUGAGAAGACAUGGUGUCUCGUAUCCCCCUGGAUGACAGACGGUCAUGUUAAAGGCUACCUUAAGAGGAAACCUGACACUGACAGAGUGCCACUGAUCCUGGAUGUUGCACGCGGCCUAGAGUACCUGCACGCAAUAGAGCCAGCAGUGAGUCAUGGCGACCUGAAAGGCGAAAAUAUCCUGAUAACGUCUUCCGGGCGUGCAUGCAUAGCGGAUUUUGGAAUUGCAACGGCUCGAGACGCUCAUAUUCAAAUGACCACAACAUCAUCCGGAGUCGCAGGAACGCGUCAUUUUAUGGCUCCUGAACUCAUAGAAGCACAAGAUGCAGCUGAUCUCCAGAAGUUGGACAGAAGGCGGUGCGACAUGUAUGCACUGGCUUGCGUCAUUUAUGAGAUGUAUACUGGAAUGGCCCCGUUUCAAGCACACAAAAAUCCUCAUAUCUUCGUGCUGAAGAAACAGCGGGAAAAACGGCCACAAAAUGUUAACCAAGAGUUGGAGGACUUCAUGUGGCAACUCAUAGAAGCCCUGUGGAAACAUGAAGGGAAAGAACGACCAACAGCA